GCGAUAGGACAAGAGUCAGCAAUGCCACAACUUAUAGAUAGACUUAAAUCGGAGAUUCGUGCACUAGAGUUGCAUUUGAAAAAAAAAUCACAGGAGGCGGAGCGCGAGACAAAAAGAGCUGAUGAUUCAAUCAGUGAAUUGAUAAAUCUGCAUCAUGAAUAUGAGCUUUCACGCGGGCGUAUUGCAACACUUCAGCGGGAACUUGAAUAUCAAAAUGCUAUUAUAAAUGGUGAUUCAAAAAAAAAUUCUCAUAUCCAGUAUGAUGACGCUCCUCCAAAACUGAAAGAAUUGAGGGAAAAAUUUGAUGAACAAAUUAAAAUGACUGAGGUAGGCAAACGAACAUGCGUUUACCUCUAG